AUGGCAGUUUUUCUAUAUCGGUAUAUCAAGAGGAGGAUCAACGAGAAGAAAAGUGCUACAACAGAGACAGGACACCUGGUUCCCCAAGUCGCUCCUAAACCAACGCACGAGCAUGAGAGAUUGGACAGCCAAUCACAAGAGCGUGGUAACGCAAACACCACUGAAUCUUCUCCCGUCUCUGCAGAAGAAAUCGCGAGGUUUAAAGCAGAGACGUCACGAAUGCGAAAGUAUAGAUGGAAGAUCAUCCUUGGCCUGUUCAUCCCCAACUUCCUCGCCUCGAUAGAUUUUACAAUCGUGGCUCCUGCUGUACCCAUCAUCUCUUCGCACUUCAACCACCUAAGCGGAAGCUUCAACUGGAUCGUCGCCUCCUUCACCCUAACCUACACCACCUUUGUCCCCAUCUCCGGGCAAAUCGCUGACGUAUACGGACGGCACUCGGCUCUCCAAUGGCACGUCUUCUGGCUCCUCAUAGGCAGCGUUCUAUGCGCCGCCGCCGCUACCUGGGAAAUGCUUCUUCUCGGCCGCGCGUUACAAGGAGUUGGAUCCUCGGGCGUUGUAAAUCUUAGCCGUAUCAUUUUAUCCGAUAAUAUGUCUCUUGCCGACAACUCGAAGAACAACACGAUAUUCAGUUUGAUUAUAGGAGUAAGUUACGCUGUGGGACCAAUCAUCGGCGGAUAUCUCGCAAACGACAACUGGAGAUAUUGUUUCGUGAUAUCCAUUCCCCUAGCGGUACUAUCGCACCUCCUCAUCUUCUUUCUCAUGCGAAAAGACCUCGUCAAAGGCCGAGCGUCCACCAAGAUCGCCCAGGACAGGAAAGCCGGGUGGCUAUCCGGGCUUUCCACCUUCGACUGGCCCGGGAUGUUCUUCUUCGUCUUCGGCAUCGGGCUGCUUAUCCUGGCCAUAAUGUGGGCUGGGACACAAUUCUCCUGGUCUUCCACCGCUGUCAUCGUACCCCUAGUCCUCGGAUCCAUCCUCAGUCUCUCGUUCUUCGCACACGAAUUCCUCCUGGAACCAGGCCACCUCACCGCACGACUCUUCCCAAAGCAAAUCGCAAUGAUACCGUUUUACCUGUUUCACAAAACCGACACGCUCCUCCUCAUGACGAUAAACUUCGCAACCGGCGUCUCGCUGACCUCGGCCUUCUACUUCAUUAGCAUAUACUGGGAACUCGCAGAAGGCUACUCCGCGUCCCGUGCCGGCGUACAACUGUUGUACUAUACGCCGGGUCUGGGCGUGGGCGUCUACAGCGCCAUGGGCUUCUGUAACCUAUGGCCACGACAAACCUUUUAUCCUCUCUUCCUGGGCUCCGCCCUCGAAUGCACCGGCAUGGCGCUUCUAGCCUGGGCCGUCAACUCUCGACAAAAGGCGCUUGUGAGCGGCAUGCUCGCUAUCGCGGGCGCAGGAACUGGACUACGGUUCAUGCCCGUUGUACUACAUGCAUCCGGAAUCUGGCACACACAUCUUGCGGCCGUGUUAUCUCUCUUAAGCUUCAUGAUCCCCUUUGGCGAAACCAUUGGAAUCUCCAUGAUGGGAUCUGUGUUCACGAAUAAGUUCAACAAGUAUCUUCGUGGUAUGAAUGCGGGUGCUGGAACUGCAUUUUCGACUUCCGGACCGCCGAAUCUGAAUAUUUUGGAUAAUUUGCCGGAGGGGGUGAGGGAUGAGGUGCAGGGGAAGGCGGCGAAGGCGGUUAUGUGGGCGUUUAUUGCGGUGUUGCCGUUUAUGGCGUUGAGCGUGCUGGCGAGUUUGUUGCUGGGGAAUGUGUGGAUUGGGAGGCCGGAGAAGAGGGAUAAGGAGGGGAGGAUUAAGAAGGAAGAGGUUAGGGGACGGGUGUUGUACGGGUGUUUUCUUUCGGCGGUUGUUAGAGGGAAGGUUGAGGGGCAGAAGAGGGAGUUGGAUCAGGUUGAAGAUGGGGAGGAGAAUGAGGACGGGAGGGGAAAAUCUAGGGAUGUGGAGAUGGGUGUCCUAGCUAGGCGGGAACACAGUGUAUGA